AUGAAUAGUCCGAUUUGGGGUAUACUGCUCGCAAUAUCGAUACAAAAUGUCAAAUCGUACAAAUUCGAUAAUUUCACCGUCCAACCUGCGGCUCGACAGUUAUUGGAUUUUAAAUUGGAACAUCCGGAACCAAUUGGACUAUGGACAACCACAUCUGGAGAACCAGUCGAGAUUAGAGAAAAUACCGCCCAGAACACAGAUAUUAUAUCGAACCAGGUAUUUUUAGAUUUGCAAACAAUAAACGAUGGUGAAAGAGUACCCGAAAGAAUAGUUCACGCUAAAGGCACUGGUGCCUAUGGUUAUUUUGUGGUAACCAAUGAUGUUUCCAAAUACACAAAGGCUGAUGUUUUUAAUGGCAUAGGGAAAAAAACACCUCUUGUAGUCAGAUUUUCUUCAUCGGUCGAAAAUUUGGGCGGUACGGAUCUUAAGCCCGAAAUGAAAGGCAUGGCCGUCAAGUUUUAUACUGAGGAAGGAAACCUAGAUUUACUUUGUCUACAGAAUCCUGUUUACUUUUAUAGAGACGCAUUUUUCUUCAGCUCCUUAGCCCACGGAUUAAAAAGGAAUCCGCAAACGAAUCUGUUCGACUUCACUUUGUUUUAUGAUAUAAUAACAUUACGUCCAAAUACUCUGCAUGCUUUCAUGUGGACUCAAUCUGAAUACGGGAUUCCUAAUGGAUAUAGGAAAAUGAACGGUCACCCUAUUCACACGUACGAAGUGAAUAAUAGAAAAGGGGAAAAGUUUUAUGUGAAAUUUAAUUUUAGAACUGAACAAGGCUUAGACAACCUUACAAGGGCAGAAACAAUUCAACUAGCCGAUCCUGAUUACUAUAUCAGAGAUUUAUACAAUGCAAUAGAAAAUAAAAAUUAUCCAUCUUGGAGAUUAGAAAUGGACGUAAUGACGUUUGAAGGGGUGAAGGAAGUGGAUUAUGAUCCGUUUGAUGUAACCAGGCUGUGGAAAAAUGGUACAUACAUCACUGUACCUAUUGGUCGACUUGUAUUGAACAGAAACGUCAAAAAUGUUUUCCGAGAUGUUGAGCUGAGUGCCUUCAAUCCUGGUAAUUUAGUUCCCGGUAUUCCUGGACCACCAGACUUCAUGUUUAAAACACGUAGACUGUUUUAUAGAGAUACCCAAAAUUAUCGCUUAGGGAGGAACCACAAUAAAAUAGACAUCAAUAAACCAAAAUACGCAAAGCUUUACAGCCGUGACGGGAAACCUCCCGUAGAUCACAACAUGAAAAAUGCUCCAAACUAUUAUCCGAAUUCCUUUAAUGGACCAAUCCCAUACGUUGACGAGAGCAAACCUAGAGAAAAGUUACUGAUAUUACAGAGCCACGCUGUUGAUUUUGAACCUCACUCGUACUUCUACAACCAUGUAUUAGUCAGAGAGUCUCAAAAGCAAAGAUUAGUGGAUAACUUGGCUGCAACCUUAGUGUCAGUGACCUCUCCUGUCCUAGAAAGAACAAUUAAAUUAAUGUAUCUUAUCGAUAAAGAUUUGGGAAGACGCUUGACUGUCGCUUUGGAACUAGCAAGAGUUGCAGCAGCACAAAGAGCUCAAGCUAUAGCUGCUCGCAAUGGGGAACUGACACCGAUUAAACGCAAAUCAGACUUACAUUCAGAAGACUCUAAGGAUGUUAAACUGCAAUUUGUUAAAAGAACCAAUUAA